UUGCCUCAUUUCUGUCUCACACUCGACUUGAUAAGCGACUUGAGUCCCUAACAUUUCAUGUCGUUAAUAUUGUAAUAUCAUCAUCUUUUCAUCCUCAUCUUCUUAUCGUUUUCAUCCUCAUCCUAUUCAAAGAUAUUACCUCAAGUGUAUUGUGUUUCUGUGUAUGUGUUUAUCUACCUGUUACCUGUGUGUGUCUCUCUCUAAGUGUAUCCAUUGUGUUAAUACUCAUAAUUAAUUCAAUGAGUAAUUUUAAUACCUUUUUGUGAUCUACACAACAAUUAACGGAAAUUAUCAUUAUUAUUAGAGGACAAAAAGACACAAUUGAUUGGAUUAUAAGGAGAUAAUCUCAAUCAAUAAAGUGAAUUUUAAACUCCAACAAAAAAAUCCUAAAUUCUCAAUCAUCUCAUGAUAAUUGUGUGUUAACCAUUUUGAUAGUUAAUUCAAUUUCUCUUGAAUUUGUUUUCGUAUAACAAUUAACCACCAAACAAAAUGCUUCCAUUUGAAACUCCAACCAUUUUUGAACAAUUACCUAAACAACUUUUCUCAGUACCAAAAGUUGUUUCCAAUCAGAAGGAUAAAUUUGAAUCCGAUGAACUAUUUCGUCGAUUAAGUCGUGAAUGUGAGAUUCGUUAUGUUGGUUAUAAAGAUCGCCCUUUAGUUGAACGUCGACUAAGAUUUCAAACUGGAUGUCGAGAGGGAACAACAGAUCUCGUAUUUAUACCAACGGGAACAAAUCUACAAUUAGUGUUUAAUUCAUGUGUAAAUGGUUUUAGUGAUUACUGUGAUUUUGAAAAGGAAAGGAAUAAGGUUCAUUUUAAGUCAAGUUUCAUCAUGAAUGGUGUUUGUGUCUACUGUAAGGGUUGGAUUGACCUGGAGAAACUUGAAGGUAUCGGUUGUCUUGAAUACGAUCAGGAGAGAGGUGCAAUUGAAGAUGCUUUUCUGAGGGAGCAAAUUAAGGAAUGGAACGAUAAAAUUAAGCAGAUGCAACAUCCGCUAAUAAGCAACGAGAAAAGUAUCACCUCGAAUAAAUUAUACGAAAAAAACGAAAGAAACAAUCUGCCUAAUCAGAUUGAUAAUCGUUUCUGUGGAAUGCAACUUGGACGUUCAUUGAUGGUUUAAUCGCUAAUCCUGUUAAGUGUUAUCUCACUCCGUGUUAUCCACUCCCACCACUAUUAAUCUCAUCUAUUCCCAUGAUUACUGAUGAAGCAAUUAACUAAUUUUCCGGUGAUAUCCAAGGUUUUCAUGGAUGGACUAUCAUCAAAAUCAUCAUCAUCAUCAUGGUUACCAAUUAAAUGACCUAAACUGCUUGAUUAUAAAUCUUAAUCCUAAUAAUUAAUCCAGUGUGUGUACAAAGUCCCAUCCAAAUACCUAAAUAUUAUAAAUAUAUUGGGUGUGUUUAAUUAAUUCAAUUGAUUGAUUCAAAUGAUGAUGAUGAUUAUUGAACAAAAAAAAACAAUAAGCAAUUGAUGAUAAUAAUAUUAAUCCAAAUCCUUAUCAAAUCCUUUAAUCCUAAUCCUAAAGAAAAAAGCAAAAAAAAAAUUCAAAAUAAUACAAUGAUUAUAAUGAUAAA